AUGGCUUCGCCUUCCACGCCAACGCUCGAGCUGUCCAAGCUCUCCUUGGGUGACUACAGCGGUCCGCCGAGUCCCUCGGGCUCAAAGCAUGAGCUGCUCUCGCCACCUGGUACUCCGACCCGGCCGAAGAGGAACCCACUGCGCGCUCAGUCGCAUGCGAGCUUGAAGGAUGCAGCCAAGCGACAGGCUGGUGUGGUUGAUGACGGACUCGCAGAGAUACGUGUGCUUCAUCUUGAGGUGUCGAAGCUACAGGAUCGGAUGUACGAAAUCCAGGAGCUCCGACAUUCAUCGUCAGCACCUACAGAGCGCCUCAACAUACUGUUGUCAAGUUUGACUGAGCAAGUGGAAGGUCUUGCUCCGCGCAUGGGCGUCCUACUUGGAGAGAAGGGUGCAGCUGCGGCAGGACCGAGGGCGGAUCUGAAGCAGGAAUGGGACAAGCUGCUUCAACGGCAGAAGGUGCUGGGCGAGGAGAUGAAGGAAGAUGGGUGGCUGAUACGAUUCAGAACGACAGCCGACCAGGCCGAGGCCAUGAUGGAUCCUCUACAAAGGAGCCAGACCGACCUGUCAACAUACCUCGACCGCUUGUCCGGAACCGCCACUCAGGCCGAUCCGCGUGGUGAUUUGAGCGUGUCUGGUCUAGACAAGCUUCAUAAAUCACACGAGUCACUAAAAUCAACCUACCUUCCCAGCAUCAACAAGAUUCUCAAGAUGAUGGAUCGCUCACUUCACGACCGCUCGACCAAAAACGGAGAAGCGCUACGUCGGUACGGGGAUAUGGAGACGCGCUGGACGGCUCUCCAGCGCUCUCUUGCCCAGCUCGACGCGAGGGUCAAGCUGGUCAUAUCUCAGUGUGAGCUGGACGAGGGAGGCGACGUCGAAGUUUUGGACGACCCCACCAGCCCCGCCUCCACCCUAGGUGCGAACGAAGGGGACUAUCAUCUAAAAUCAAAACCACAUCGGCUAUCCGUCUCGUCCGGGAGCUCCUUCGCCGGCUUCUCUCCCCGCUCGAACCAAUCGCCCCGCGUCAUGCCCUCCCCAGCGUUCUCUAUGGCCCCUGGCUCCCUCAGACGCCGGCCGUCCACCUCGUCCGUUGUGUCCAGCUCGACCAACCGACCUCAAGCGGAGAAGCCUCGGUGGAACGUCUCGACCAAGGUUGACCAUUCGCCCAAGAACAGUCUCUCAACCCCAGCCCGGAAUACCUUUGGGUAUACGGGGCACGGAUCGUACGGCGGAAUCGGACGGGCAAGCAGCCCUACGCCGAGCAAUAUGAGCGGGAUGACUUCGGUCUCGCGCAACAUGACAGGCUCGCGGAUACCCGUCGCCACGCCCAGGCGCGUCACGUCUGGGGUAUCGUCAUACGGCGGGCCUAGCCCACCUGGACGAAGCCCGACCACUCCAAAUUCGAAACUUUCGGUCCCAUCCCCACUCUCCACUCCCGCUCAACCAUCCAUGUACCGCGCACCACACACCACGCACAUCCCCCGACAGAGCCUUUCCCGCGCGUCUACCGCCCCACUUGCCGCGUCAGCGCCCCGCGCUCGUCCUCUACGCACCACGGGCCCUCCAUCCUCUUUUCGCCCUACCACGCCCUCCCCUUUUCCUCCUCUCCCUUCAUCCCGCCCCGGGUCCCGUAUGUCCAUGGCGGGCGGCAGCGUGUCUGGCCGAGGCGGUAUGGCCAGCUCCGUCCGGGGUCCAGCGCAAGAUCUCCGGCCGUUCCAUCCGAGCAAGUUUGAUCUCCUCGAUCAGACCGUUGCUGCGGUCAUCGCCGAAGAAGGGUUUGACCUGUUUGUCGCUCGUGUGGAUGCGCCUUUGCAAAGAGGUCAGCGAAAAGCGGAGAAUGAAGAGUGGAAGGGGGAGUUUGUAUUUGGAGCGGGCGAGAAGAUGAGUCCCGUCAAGCUAUUGAUGCUGGCUGGGCCUCGGGUGGGCGCAGGCAAAGAGGCGGGCACGGGAAAGCGGACAAAGUGUCUGGUUAGAGUCGCGGGGAUGUGGGUGGCCUUGGCGGAUGUGUUGAGGGAGAGGAAGGCCAGAGCUGGGGAUGUUUUUUGA